AUGUACAAAUUAUUGAUUUUUACUACAAUUUUCGCUUUAUGCAGCGCUCGACCUAGCAAUAUUGGUUAUACUUAUAGCCUACCAAGUGUUUCGACCUUUGCAGCUCCAGUAGCAGCCGUGUCUCCAACAGUGUCCGUCAAUUCUGGUAUCAGUACCCAAUCCCGAGUCGACUAUAGAACGCCUAGUUUUGUUGCUGCUCCUGCUUUAGCUACUUCAGUUGCGGUACCGGCUUUGGCUACUAGUUCAGUUGGGUUUGGAUACGGAGGAGUUCCUGGAUAUGGAAAUAACGGAGGAUAUGGUCUGAAUGCUAUUGGAUAUGGUAUAGGUUAUGGUCAUUAG